AUGACUGCAACCAGAAAGCGGCCGCGAGUGCCACUUGGCCGGCCACGUCGCACGCUGUACACUGCGGCGCCUGCGCUACUCCUCGUUGUGCUCGCGCUCGUGUCUGCGGCCACCGCCCAGCCGUGCGCGCCGCCGUACGACGGCAACAGAACAUUCGACCUGCGAAUCGCGCCAGGCGAAGUGGCCUCAUUCCCUGGCGGCCUUGACAUCCCGUCUGGCCAGCGUGCUCUUGUGGAGGGGGAGGCGUCUGUCACCGGAGGCGUCACCAUCCGCGGCACGCUCUUCCUCUCUUCGUCUGCGUCGUCCAAGAUCUCCGCUGAGUGGAUUGCGGUUGCCGCCGGCGGCGCGCUGAUUGCAGGCUCUGAAGCGUGCCCCAUCCCUGGAGGCGUCACCGCAACCAUCCUGCUGCGGGACGGCGCCUCACACCCCGUCGCCGGGCGCAAGGCGCUUGCCGUGCUAGCGAACGGCGCGCUCGAGCUGCAUGGUUCAAAGGGCCUCGGCGCGCCGUGGGUACGCCUUGCAGAGACAGCGGCCGCGGGGGCGGCGUCGCUCGUCCUGGACGCGCCGUCACUGUCCUCCUGGUCACCCGGUGAUGAGAUCGCGGUCGCAUCAACGGACUUCGAUGCUUACCAGACUGAGCGCGUGCGGAUAACGGCGGUACAAGGGUCCCGGGUGCAGCUGGCCGUGCCGCUCAGGUACAAGCACUUCGGGGCGGUGACUAAGGGCGUCGACCAACGUGCAGAGGUGGCCCUGCUGACGCGCAGCGUCCGCAUCGUCAGCGCCCAGGACACCCCUGGCCUUGGCUGCCACACCAUCUUCUACGAGGGCUUCACAGCCGUUCACGUUGAGGGCGUCGAGUUUGACGGCUGCGGCCAGGCCGACCUCGUGGGGCGCUACCCGAUACACUUCCACAUGGCUGGCCAGGUGCCUGCCGGCACCUACGUGCGUGCGUCAUCCGUGCACGACUCCCUGUUCCGCGCAAUUACGCUGCACGGCACCCAGGGCGUCCUGCUGGAGGGCAACUCGGCGUUUGAUAUCGCUGGGCACGCUUAUUUCCUGGAAGAUGGCGCAGAGUGGGGCAACACGCUGAGGGGCAACCUCGGGAUGCUCGUGCGCCCCAAGAUUACUGGGGCCCGCCUUGGCUCCGAUGCCAUUGGGGCAAACGGGGACCUAAGUGUCUUCUGGAUUACAAACCCCAACAACACAUUUGAGUCCAACUCCGCCGCAGCUACGGAGGGCUGGGGCUUCUUCAUCCACACACGCCUGGGCCCGCGCGGACUCAGCAAGGCGCGCUGGCCCUCCGUGCGGCCGCACCAGACGCCGCUUGCCCGCUUUGCCGGGAACAUGGCGCACAGUGUGCGGAUCAUUGUCGGGUACUCCGAAAACACCGGCGACCCAAAUGGCAGCCCCAACCUGCAGCGCUGGGACCCUGCCCUUGGGCGCUCCAAGCCGCGGAUUCAAGAUGAGAGUGGCAUCACCAUAGGGUUCAAGCUCUAUGACGGGGCCACCAUCAUUGAUGGGCUGACGGCGCGUGGGUUCCCGUCCGGCACGGCCCCCCUUGCGGUGCGCAGCUCCAACAGUUUCCAGAUGACGGCGUUCACCUCCAUCAGGGGCUUCAUGCCCGAGGGCUCCUCCUACCGCUUCGUUGUUCAGGACUCCACUGGAGACGGCGGCCGCACCACGUCCAUCCGCGACAUCGACGGGUCCGUUUCUGGCUACCCCGGAGCCACCCUGCUGCCCCACCAGCCUGGCAUCACACUCGGCUUCUACUCUGCACCCGGCUGUGCCGCGCACCCAGCCUACGGCCUGGCCUGCCCCCAGCAGUACAUGAACCUCGAGAUGGGCUUCUGGGAUUGGGCGGUCGGGGGAUCCCCGGCUGCUGUGGCCCUCUCUCGUGCCAACCUGUCGCCGGGCAAUGUCGGCCCCGCAGGGCUCGCUGCUCAGAGGCUGCCGGGGCUGCAGGGUCGCGAGCUGGGGCCAAAGGCGGGGCGGGGUGGGCGCUACGUGAAUGCGCUGGCGGCGGAUAAGGGCAGCUACCUGGUGGCCUGGGGCGGUUCCGAGCUAGACAAUCACUUUUAA